AUGCAACCUAGAGAUAUUGCUAUGCUGCUGCAUGCAAUUGUUGCUGCAGAUGCAGCAACACCUGCAUUUAUUAGAGCAGCAGCAGCAGCAGCAGCAAAACGCAUGCAAACAUUUGAUUUGCAUGCACUGUGUCUUGUUGCUUCUGCACUAAGCAAAUACUACAGGAAGCAGCAACUGCAGCACAAGCUGCAGCAACAACAACGCAGGAAGCAGCAGCUGCUGCUGCUGCAGCAGCAACAACAACAGCAGCAACAGCAGCAGAACCAGGUGCAGGAAAACUUCCUGGAGCUGGAAAAUGAGCAGCAGCAACUGCAGCAGCUGCUGCAACAGCAGCAGCAGCAGGAGCAGCAGCAAGACCAGCAGCAGCAACAGCAACGACGACGUGGGGAGGAGAAGGAUAUAACAAGAGAGGAGAUAUAUAAAGUAUUAGCAGCAGCAGGAGAAAGGGCAGGUGUAUUAGCAGCAAGCAUGCAACCAUUAACUGUUUGCUGCUUAUUGCAUGCGUUUGCUGCUGUAGGGUUUAGGUAUGGUCCCCUCCUCUAUCAUGUACCUAGGCAUGUUGCCUUCUGCUGCGGUGACCUACCAGCAGCAGCAGCAGCAGGAGCAGCAGCAGAUGCAGCAGUAACAGAAGGAGGAGGAGCAGCACCAGCAGCAGGAGCAGCAGCAGCAGGAGCAGCAGCAGCAGGAGCAGCAGCAGCAGCAGCAAGACCUUUUGGUGGUUAUACUGUAUGCAUGCUAGCAGUAUUAUUAAGGGCAUAUAAAAGACUACAAGUUAAUGCUGCUGCGCUGCUGCCUUAUGCAUUUGCUGCACUGCCACCGCUGCAGCAGCAGCAAGAGCAGCGAGAGCAGCAGCAGCAGCAGCAGCAGCAAAAACAGCAGCAAGAGCUAAAUUUAGAUGACGCUUGUGCAGAUGAUGUAGAGGAUGAUCUACAAGCUACUGCAGCAGAAGCAGCAAUAACAGGUGCAGCAGCAGCAGCAGCAGCAGCAGCAACAGAUGCAGCAGAAGCAGCAGCAGCAGCACGUCCUCCGCUGCUGCAUUCAUUAGUGUGGAUACUUGAGAGUGCUGCUGCUAACUCUUUUGUUGACAAAAAGGGAUCAGGGAGACGUCUUUGCUUUACGCAGCAGCAGCUGCAGCGCAUGCAUGCAUCCUUAUUAUCCUUGGGGCUUUCCCCAGGGGACUAUGGUGUAUAUAAGGUCCCUUGGGGUCUGCUGCUGGAUUGGCAGCAGCAGCAGGAGGAGCAGCAUGUGCUGCUGCAGGAGGAGCUGCUGCAGCUGCUGGACCAGGUGCAGCAACUGCAGCAGCAGCAGCAGCAGCAGCAGCAGCAGCAGCAGCUGGAGAAAUAUAGGUUAAAGGAGUCCUCUCCAGUGUAUAUACACCUAACAGAGCAGCAGCAGCAGCAGCUAAAAGAAAACAGCAGCAAGCUGCUGCAUGCAGCAGCAGCAGACGAAGCAGCAGAGAAGGAACUAAGAGAAUUAGAUUUUAAGGCUGUCUUCUUAACUAGCCACUCGCAGCAGGAGGUGCAGCAACUGCAGCAGCUGCUGCUGCAGCAGCAGCAGCAGGAAAAAGACAAAUAA